AUGCCCACUAAAUCACGCUUUGCUUUCGCGGCUGCAUUGUUCCUGUCUGGUCAGCCUUAUGCGACCGCCCAGAGGAACGAGGGCCUUGAAAACUGCCCUCUCCCCAUCCGUCACCUCGCAGACGAACGCAGCUGGAAUGCCACUGGCACAAUUGCUAUUCCGCCGCUUGGGAAUGGAGAUGAAGAUUGGUUCGUCUCUGCGACCCUGACCGACAUCCGCAGAGCCAAUGUUUACUUCGACGGCUGGCCGACAGCUCAAGAGCUGGCCGUCUUCCUCAGCGUGCCCCAGAGCUUUGUUGGCAGCGAGACUGGCAAUGCGACGCGUGUGUGCGGAUACACCAUGCCCGGGCAGAAUGCGACUUCUAUAGGUGACGCGUCAAGUGAGGACUCAUGCAGCGGCGUACUGUCAGAAGAGUGUAUCGAAGAAGCUUUGAAAACGCCGAUGACACCCUCCGACGGGCCCUGUCCUGAGCUCGACCUCGGGGACAAAUGUGACGUCUCCACUGGCUUCCGCACCUCCAACCCUGUCCAACUCAACCCCUCCGUCUGCGUUUUGGACAAUCUACCACACACUGAUGUUCCAAACGGAUACCGCUCCUUUGCUGGCUUCCCCGGCUGGCGCAUCAUGCCUCCGGACGAGGAGGAGAACGGGUUCGAUGUAUACGACCUGCGGGUACAGCAAACCGUGCCCAUGCUUUUCACAGUGCAUUCUGGAUCACAGCAAAAGGUGCACCUUGUCUGCGUUGCGCCGAACAAAGUGGUGGAGGGGAGCCGGGAGCCGCAGGCAGAGUUCCCGCCUUCGGAUGCGGGGGUAGUACGGAGCGGGGCCGGUUUAGCCUUUGCUGCGGCGGUAAUGGCUGUAGCGAUGCAGUUAUAA